CGCUUUUAGCUAAGAAUGUGCAGUGAGGAGGAGUGGCCUUCCUUUUAUUCUCUAAUUACCUGGAGUUGAGAGUUCGUUCACAAACGUUGGCAUCUGCAAUUGUUUUUGCAAAAUAGACAAGUAACUUUUUCCUUUCUUUUGGCAACUGUAAUAUGGAGUUCAAGCGCUUAAGUGCUGAAAUUUCCAGAAAACACAAUAUGCUUUUUUGUGAAGCCUUCUCUUAGAAUUGGAUUGGUGGUACGUUCUUGCCAGUUCUUGUCAUUUGUAACACUUGGUACUAUACUCGCUGCACUUCUAACUGGACGUUCUUUGGAGAGAUUUCCCAAUGGUCAACAAAAUGGGGUCGACUCAACCUGAUCGCUCCUUGUCAUCUGGGAUUCCCAUUCCACAGUGGAUAAACAAAGUGUGGGACAGGUAUGAAAUGGAGCCGUUCUCGCCGCAGUCUCAGGAUGAUGUGUUCUACAUACGCUACCCGGGCAUGGGGCAUGUGGAACCCAAGGAAAACGCUGCUGCUACAGUGGUAACAGUUGGGCAGGGGCAGGACUCGGGCGUGACAGCAUCAAAAUCGGCCAUUCAUGACUUCUCCUUCCACACCCGCCCAUGCCAGGAGUUCAUCCCAAAUGCUCCUCUGGAGCGCAAGCCGGCGGUCGCGUCAGCCGAGCCGGGCAAGAUGCGCGUCAAGUCCCAAGGCACGGAUGACGGCUUCAAGGGGGAGGGCGCGGCUUGCGGCAAGUCUGUGGUGGAGGUCGCCCACCAGAUGAUAGCCGAGGGCAAGGUGGUGCCCCGCCCCGGGGAGGACGGCGCCCUGUCCCAAGGGUUCGACUUUGGCCGGCGUCGGGGCAGCAAGUCUUUGCCCGCGACUCCCUUGAGCACGCCUGCCGGGUCGCCGGAUUCUUCUCCUCGGCAGAACCGCAGGGGCAUUAUGCAGCAUAACAGGUACUUCACCGGUGCGUUCCUGCAGAAGACGGAGCCGGACCAGGCCAAGCUCCCCGGCGGCUGGCUGCUGUCGGGCCUGCUGGGCCACCAGCUGGCCGAGCCCGCCCCGUCCCCGUCCCCGUCCACGGUCGCGCAGGAGGGCGACGCGGGGCUGCGUCGCAACAAGUCCCUGACCUCGCUGGCCGUGCUGCGCUCCAUCACCGAGGGCACCUCCGACGACGAGGGCGACUGCCCCCCGCCGGAGCAGCGCCCCAAGGUGGUCCGCCCCAACCCCUCCCAGCUCCGCGAGAUGAACUUCCUCUCCCCGACGUCCAUGUAGGGGUGCGGCGAGUGAGCUUGGCAAGCUCUAUCACUUUUGCAAUACAACACACGUUUUUAUACUACUAACUUCUAUCAUGAAACAAAAAUGAAAUGUAACACCAUUCUUCAAACCGAAUUUUUUUUUUUUUGAGUACUCAGAUUUUAUUUACUUCCAAUAAAUAAAUUUGAUUUAGUACACAGUAAUUAUCAAAUUUUUUAGGUGAUGUUGAUUGAAUUUCCUUGUUAGAACCUGAAGUUUACCAUUCCUUUAGUACGUACUAGUUAUAAUUAUGUAGUAUACUGUUCAGUUUCUUAAUUAGUUCCACUGUGCUUGGAUGUUUAUGUAACUAUUUGUUUAUGUACCUCCAAUUUCUUGAUUUCAUUUUAAAAUUUAAUAAUAUUUAACAGUCAUUUAUUGAUUAAUUGAUUUUAAGCAUAUCAAUAAUUAUAGUUUUGUUUCUAACAAAUUAACUAAACCAUUUCAUGGUUGCUAAGUAAUGCUCUUUAAAAAUUGUAUUAUUGUGAUUUUAGUUUUGCCCUCUGCAAGACUUAUCUAUGUUAAAUAAUUAUAGUUAAUAAUUUUGAUAUUUUUGUCUUUGUAUUUGUGUAUUGUUUGCACACACCAGUUCUAUUUAUCUUGCUCAGCUUUUAAUUAUGUACUAUUAUAUAGAUUGCAAGGAUUUAUAAAAUUUCAUUUGCCUGCUUUAUCUGGUGUUUUCAUACAAAAAAAUUUGCAAUUUUUUUCUCAUGAUAAUGGCUUUCAAAAUACAUUUUGAAAAUACAUAGGUUAGAGAUCACUAUGUCUAAAUAAACUAAGUAAUCUGACGUACCUGCAGAAGUGUCAACAUGCUAACGCCGUAAUUGAUUAUGAGUUAAGUGUUGUGAUUUUGAGAAAUAUUGUGUAUUCUUACUGUGUGUAUUUGCUGUGUGAUUUAAUAUGAAAAAAAAAAAAAAAAGUGGAUAAUACAUUG